CCUCUGAGGGCACAUGUGCAUGUGGAGAGAUGGAUCGCUGUAAGCACGUGGUGCGCCUUCGCCUGGGCCACGACCACUCCAUCCUCAAUCCGCAGAAAUGGCACUGCGUGGACUGCAGCACCACCGAUUCGGUGUGGGCCUGCCUCAAGUGCUCCCACGUGGCCUGCGGGCGUUUCAUGGAGGAGCACUCGCUCAAACACUUUCACGAGUCCCACCACCCGCUGGCCAUGGAGGUGCGCGAGCUGGAUGUCUUCUGCUUUGCCUGCGGAGACUACGUACUCAACGACAACGCAGAGGGGGAUCUCAAGCUCCUCCGGGGGGCCCUCUCCACUGUUCGGAGCCCGGGUAGGCGCUCGCUGCGCUCCUCUGCUUGGGGUGCGUGCAGCCACCGCCUCGGGGAAAGCGCGCCGCAGCCUCCCAUGCAGCUGGCCUUGCGUCACAGGAGGAAGACUCUCCUGGCGAAGAUGCUUCAGAGGUGGACGAGCAAGUAUCGGGAGCUGCAGAACGAACGCAAAGAGAAGCUGGAGGAGGCGAGAAGACAAAAGAAAGAGGUGAAAAGGAGACUCAUGGAAGAGUUGGGCAGCGCCCCCCCUAGGAAGAGCGCGAGGCUUCUUACUCAGGCGCCACGCUCAACCAUCGCGCUCAUUCCUUGCAAGUUCCGUGACCCUCCGGAACGCCUACCUCCCCCUCCUCCUAAGAAGCCUUCCCUCCUCGCCUUACCCAGAAAGCCCCCUCCCAACGGCAGAGCUGCUAAACUGAGGCGGUACUAUUCGUCCCACUCUGCGACUCGCCGCCGUCUCGCUCCGGGGGUCACGGGCCUGCGCAACCUCGGGAACACAUGCUACAUGAACUCCAUCUUGCAAGUGCUUAGUCACCUGCAGAAAUUCAGGGAGUGUUUUCUCACUUUGGACCUGUGCGAGACCGAGGAGCUGCUGGCCAAGACGAACCACUCGCAGGGGAUGAAGGCAGUGGUGGGAAGUGUAAUCAGCAGCGGUAACGCAGAGCUGACCUCAACUCCGCUGGAAAACGUGACAGUGGGCAAAAAGGAGACUGCUCCGCCUCCCCCUCAGGCUGCCGAGUUGGUCCAGCCCAAGGAGCCACGCUGCUCCACCCGCCAGCAGAUGUCUCUGUGCCACGAGUUGCAUACGCUUUUCAGGGUCAUGUGGUCGGGCCGCUGGUCUUUAGUGUCCCCCUUCGCCAUGCUGCACUCCGUGUGGAACCUCAUCCCAGCAUUCCGCGGUUACGACCAGCAGGACGCCCAGGAGUUCCUGUGCGAGCUGCUGGACAAGGUGCAGCAGGAGCUGGACACGGAGGGCUCUAAGCGCAGGAUAGUCAUCCCCAUCACCAAGAGGAAGCUCUCCAAGCAAGUGCUCAAGGUUCUGAACACCAUCUUUCACGGGCAGCUACUCAGCCAGGUGACGUGUCUGUCCUGCAAGCACAAGUCAAACACAGUUGAGCCAUUCUGGGACUUGUCUCUGGAGUUUCCCGAGCGCUACCACAGCAUAAACAAAGGCUCCACGGCCUACCAGCGCAGCUGCACCCUCACCGAAAUGCUGUCCAAGUUUACUGAGACGGAAGCGCUGGAAGGCAGCAUUUACGCCUGCAACCACUGCAACAAAAGAAGACGGAAAACCUCCCAUAAGCCUUUAGUUCUUUCAGAAGCCCAUAAGCAGCUUCUGAUCUACCGCUUACCUCAGGUUCUACGGCUGCACCUCAAGCGCUUCAGGUGGUCGGGGAGGAACCAUCGGGAGAAAAUCGGCGUCCACGUGGCCUUCGACCAGGUUCUGAACAUCAAACCCUACUGCUGCACGGGCUCGGGUCACUCCGUCCACAGAGGCGGCUACACCUACGACCUGUCGGCCGUGGUCAUGCAUCACGGCAAAGGCUUUGGCUCAGGGCACUACACCGCAUACUGCUACAACACAGAAGGAGGUUUCUGGGUCCACUGCAAUGACUCUGAGAUGAAGGUUUGCAGUGUGGAGGAAGUGUGCAACACUCAGGCCUACAUUCUCUUCUACACCCAGAGGUCUGCUUAGUGACCUCUCGCUGUGACGUGCACCCGGACCUGCUAAUCCUCAGCUGCAUUUACGAACGGCUUGACUGGCAAGAUGGUCACCACACCUUGAAGACGAUAAGAGAGCCAAGCGCAAGACCUCUGCCAAGGUUGACCAACGUAAAAUAAGAUAGUGGAGCGCCACUGUCCAUGUUGGCAGGUCACUUCCUGGUUCAUGGAAGACACCAGGAUGAGUACACACAUCAUACUUCAGGAAUAUUUUUUAAAUUCUAUCUUCUCAAGAGACAAUACCAUAGAGUCAGCAUGGAUAUACUUUAAAGUAGUUGGUGUACAGCUUGUAUAGCAGAAAAGCUUUACAGUACUAUCCAACACACGGCCAUUAUUGUGUACACUGGCAACACAAGUGAGACCACCUCACAGUGACCAUGCCCACAUUGUGUGAAUAUUUAGUGUGAGCACCAUUGUUAUCUUGCACUGCCUUAAUCCUCUUGGACAUGGGGGUCCUCUUCCACUCCUCUACGAUGACAUCACUGGUGGAGAUGUUGCACAUCUUGUGCUCCUCCACCUUCCUUCCCUCUGCUUGAGGACUUCCUCACAGGUGCUCAGUUGGGUUCUAAUAAUAAUGGGCCACCACCAUUCCCCUCCACACUCAAUUUUGGUCAUUUCCUGUUGCCACUGUGACUCAUUCAGGAAGUGACAUAAGCAUAGCUCCAGGGUGUCGUCUUCAUCACACGCACCAAUUAUGAUCAAGAUCUGACCUUGGAGCCGAGUUAUUAACGUUUACGUUUUACGACACACUGACCAUCAAAGUUUGUCUCCAUGCCCCGCCUAUAUUUUACGGCAUAGGCCAACUAUCACCAAAUGACGGACCUCGCUGUGACCAAUUAAAGUGAAUGGGAAAUGCAAUAACAUAUAAUCAUGGUCGCGGACCGACUGCAGCGGCAGUUUGCGGGUGUACCUACUUCAGUUAUUACGGUUACGUGACAGCAAGCGCGGUGACGUCACUCAAAAUGAGCCACUGAAAUCGUUUGUUUACUUGCCGAGCGAAUGAGAACCAUGGCUUGCUCAAAAGUAAGAACAGUUGACCCAGAAAAGUGAAUGGACGGAGCGAUAUAUGUUCAUUCUUCCAUAAUCCAGCGCCAAACCGCGGUGUCUCAUAUGCUCUGAAACUGUAGCGCUGGUCAAAAGUGCAAGUAUGACACAACAGCCUGACAAAGCACAGGUCAUGCGAGGGGAAGUAUCCACCGAAGUCUGAUGUGAGAGCGCGGAAAAUAACUGCACUUAGAGCCCAGUAUGAAAAAUGUACGACAGUCAUAGCACAGCACAGCAAUGUGAACAUGAGUGUUCCCUUAGGAUUGUGUGGAUAUUGGAGCAAAACAAAACGUCUUUCACUGACGGGAGAGUUGUGAAGGAGUACUUCUAGAGAUCUUACUCAAAAGUACACAAAAAGAGGAAUUGUGUGACAAAUUCAGGCAAAUUCCAAUGUCAAGAAAAUCAGAAACUUUAAGAGGGAUGUACUGUUGCUUUUCUGUUCAUGAGACACUUAUUAAAUUCUUAUUUCAUAUUUUUUCAGAGAAACUGGUACAGUUUUAACAUAAAAAUAAGCCUCUUGUGUUCAUUCAUCGUUUGUACAGUCAAACUUUUUAUUAUUUAUGUGAAAUUUGGACCUGUUAUCUUUUAAGUGCAAUUUAGAUGCCAAAAUAAUUGCGUGGGAGGGUGAUGUGCAGGGUUUCCUUACAUUUGAUAUUCAUAUGAGCAAGUCUGUUUGACGCAAUUUAAGGCAAGUAAGGUUCGGACCUUACUCAAUUUUAAUUGAAGACCAUUGGCAUCGGCUAAGAUGCUUCAUAACAUAUCGUCAUCCAUCUGUGUAGUGUCUGUGACUUUGAUUUGGAUUCAUUCAGACAAAAUCCCUACGAGGAGUUUGGCAAAAUACGACACCUGAUUUUGGCCCCAAAUGGCUGACUUCCUGUUUGGGUGCAAACAUGGGUUUUUGAAACAGAUGUCUCCGCCAAAUUUGGUGAUUUGGGGCUAAUGAGGCGUUUUUGAGGGUUCUUGCUUCAGGACCCUUGAAACCUUUUUCACUGGGCCUCACACGCUUGCAAACUAUGGUGGAAAAGUAGUUUCUGCUUCACAAUGUCACAGUACAUGUUGGAAAUCAUCAAUCCCAGUGCCGGCAGCAUUUGCUGACUGACUGUCGGUAAAACACAAUUAUCUUGCUACUCACUUGUGUUGCCACUGUGACUACUUCAGGAAGUGACCUGUGCGUCACUUCAGGGUGUGAUCUUCAUCACCCGCACCAAUUAUGAUCAAAAGCUGUAGCAAAAGCCAGUAAUUGACCUUUACAUUUUUGUGGUGAUGCAUUUCGUCAGACUGACCAUCAGAGUUUGUCUCCAUGCUCCGCUCAUAACAUGAUCUCCCAUCUGUCUAGUAUCGGUGAUUGUGAUUUCGACUCAUUUGGUCAAAGUAGCAGGAGUAGGAGUUUGUCAAAAUACGACCUCUGAUUUUGGCCCAAAAUGUCUGAUUUCCUGUUUGGGUGCAAACAUGAGUUUUUGAGACUUUUGUGCGGCCUGGUAUGACAGACGUCCGCAACAAAUUUGAUGAUUUGGGGCAGAUUUUAUUAUUAUUUUUAAUUAUAGGGUGCAUGAUCGCGGAUACAAGCACCUGAAAUGAGUUUCCUUCGUAGGGUGGCUGGACUCACCCUAAGAGAGAGGGUGAGGAGCUAUGAGUAGAGCUGCUGCUUUUUCACAUUGAGAGGAGCCAGUUGAGGUGGCUUGGGCAUCGAGUCCGGAUGCCUGCCCAGCUGGGAGAAGGCCCUGGGGCAGACCUAGGACACGUUGGAGGGAUUGUCCCUCAGUUGGCCUGGGAGCGCUUUGGGGUCCUCCCAGUGGAACUGGAAGAGGUAGCCGGGGACCAGGACUCCUGACCCGCACCCAGAUAAGCGGAAGACAGUGGAAUGGAAUAGGAGGCGUUUAUGGCGGUUUGUGCUUUGGGACCCUUGAAAUACCACAUUUUUAAACGGGCCAGACGCUAAAUUCUGCUUCACAAUGUCAGGAUUAGGGUUGGGCAUCGUUUGAGUUUCAGCGAUUCCGAUUCUGAAUCCUUGUUUCGAUUACGGUUCCUAUUGAACCUCGAUUCGAUUCUUUUCAGAAGUAGGGGCAUAAAAGCUUGCAUGCUUUAAAUCAAGGCGAGAACCAGAGGUCUUGGAUGAAAUGUCUAAAUGUCUCCACGAUUUUUUUUUAAUUACAAGUAUAUGAACUUUUUAUGAAUGACUUUACUAUGAAUAUAAAUAUCAAACCAUUGAACUUGAACAUCAGAAGUUCAGAAGUCUUUUUACAUACUAGUACACUCUCACAAGUGAUUUUCAAUUUUGAUAACCUCAUGAAAAUACAGUUACACAUAUCCUGUUUAUGUGUUGGUGGUUGUCUAAUGAUGCAGAAUAGACAAAGUGUAACUGAACCAUGUUACUGAGCUUCUACUAACCUGCGUGCAGAAUAUCAAACAAGUACGGUGAAUGGAGUAACUCUUGGCAGGGUCUGGUCAACUUCCUGGCUAAAUCUAGCGUUGACGUCAGGUCGUUUGUCUAUGAAAAAGUACACAUCCUUACGUUAGCUGGAUAUUUGAGUUGGCCACCGUAUUCGCAAUAUAAAGCAUAAUUUGUUGGCUGCUUCAAUGUCGGCGUAAGAUCGACGUAAUUUAUUGUUUUACUUACCUGACUGGUUGAAAGUAGUCCGGCGUAGCUCGUCAAAAACGGGGUACUCUGUCCACCGUGAAGCCAGAGGUGUUUAAUCCUGUGAGUGGUGCACCCUCCUCCGUGUGAUACGAUGGCGUUACAAAUGUUACACGGCGCCCACCGUUCAUUUUUAGCAGAAUUUCAGCCCAACUUUACAGCACUGUCGCACACCGUCCAUGGUUGAAAUGGAUGAACUCAAACACCUCCUGACGCUUCUUCUUUGUUGGUCUAAUGCGACCAUUUUUGCCGCUCGGCGGUCUGGUCGAUCACCCAAAGUUUAAAAAAUUAACAAUUCUGGGAGAAUGGGAACCUUUAGUCCCGUUUCCCAUUGAUGCUCGAUGCCCAACCCUAGUCACGAUACAUGUUUCCUGUCAAUGAACCGCAGCUCCCCCAGUGCCGGCAGCAUUCGUGCAUCCCUGGACCAUGCUUGACUGUCGGUAAAACAUAAUUAUCUUGCUACUCACUUGUGUUGCCAGCUAUUUAGACAAUGUCUGCGUGUGAUUCAUUUUCAGUAGAUAGAUCUAUACUGCUUUACAAGCUGUACACUGACUACUCUAAAGUACAGGGGUUACAAUGGGUACUUGUACCACCUCCACAGAUAAAAAUGCCGUGUUAACCUUGGCGGAGGGAACUACUGAUGAAGUUUCCAGGAGCCUCGUAAGUGAAGAUGCGGGUUUGCCCGCCUGUCGGACCAGCAGACUGUGCGCGCAGGUUGGAUUCUGUCCUGCCUGCUGAACACCAAGUAGUGUGUUUGCAGAUUCUGGAGUCCGGGACUUCUAUCCCUCGCAGUCAUGUCAUGUUGUGUGUUUUUGUAGCUUUAAGUACUUGGUUGGGGCGGCUCAUUUGAAAGAAGACUGCAGGGACAGAAGAAGCUGGCGCUCCAGAUUCUCAGAUUUUUUUUUUUUUUUUUUUUAAUUUUCAAUCCUCACGGUCAAAUGUCACUCCUGGAAGCUUUUCACCCCCCUCCACCUUUCCCCUUUCUUCACGUCCUCUCCUGCUGUGAAUGCGCGCUCAUGUUUGUUUCACUUCUUUUUGUAGUCAUUGAGUGUUUGACUGCCAUCAAAGGAGGAACAAACAAAAAAGACCUCCUGACUGACGAGUGACAGAAGCUGCACUUUUUCAGGAGCUUUUUUCAGACAAGUUUUAGGAGCUAAUCGCUGAAUUUGCAUUUGAUAUCCCUAAAACUUAUCUGAAAGUAAAGAUCUACUCUAUAAGAAGCGCAUUGGAGCUCCUGCAGCAUUGUGAUUGUUUGUCUUUGUGUUCCUCAAUGGCAGCUCUUUGCGUCUGGCGUGUCGACGCAAGAGGCGAAGAAUGUUUAGGUUUUCGGUUACCUUUUUAUUAAGUUUAGCACCUGAAAGCAAUAUAUUGUACAUCUUUACCUUUGACAGGAAAACCAAGAUCAGGAAAUACUCUUGCUUGUUAUACAACUGUUUGUUUUCUACUCGACUGCUGUUUCUUACGGAGGUCUUUAGAAUUUGCUAGAAGAACCACUUGUGUUUGAUACGAGUCCAAUCCACACACUACAUUUGUGUCCAACGUGGGAACAAUCUAAUGACCAUGAAUGUCCUACUGCUUAGAGGUCAGGUGGCUUCUGUUGUGUACUGAAAAGAGAAUACCUUGUCAUCAAUGUAAUAGUCAUAUGGGUUUGCCUGACAGUAAUUAUUAAAAAGACAA